AUGCAGGCCUUCAGGGUCGACGAGAGCAGCCCCCUCGCGCCUCGCGGCGCGAGCAGCGGGGCGCUCGACGCCGAGAACGACUUUGGAAUUGCCGCGCCCGCCGCCGCGUCGCGCCGCCGCCGCACGCGCCUGCAGCUGCUGUGGCUCGCCUCUGCUGUAGCAAUCUCCUCGGUGCUCUCGAUCGCCGCGCUCAGCCUGGCG